CCACUCUGGGCCGCUAUGGCCUGCGAGCCCAGUGUCCUUGGAUGUCCUGCGGUCUGGGAGUGGGAGCCCACUGCAGGACGGUGCGUGCCCCACGUGGACUGGGGGGCGCCGGUGCCUGAGAUGUUUCCCCGGUGACUGACCCCUUCUCAGGGUCCAGUGUGCCCUGGCACUGCCCACUCCCCAGAGCGUCCUGCCAGCCUGGCUGAGCUGCGCCGAGAACCUGGGCUUGUGUGACCAGAUGUGGUCACUGCCUGCCACAGAGUGGGGUGACCCUGGGGCCCUGACCUGGGGGAAGCAGGAUGGGCCAGAGGGAGGGACGGGGUGGGAGUUGAGCCCAGAUGCCUGCUUCUCGGGACCCAGGGCAUGGCCUUCCCAAGGUCACCCAGACACGUAUCAGAAGGCCUGGUCCCCACCUCCUGUGUCUGCCUUUAGGGAGUGGCAGGUGGGGCCCCUUCACAAGUCCUGGCCUACACGGGCCCUGCCUUGGAGCUUGUGGCAUUGGCUCCUGAGGUCCCUCCCGACUGAUGGUAUUUGAGCCUGCUGUACCCCGCGGCCUGCCUUUUGGGACCACUGCAACCCUAGGAGGAGUCCUCUGAGUGGCCCUCGCAGGGGCUGCCAUACUCACACGUGUCUUAUGUGUCACCUCCAUUGUGGAGGGGUUGGCCUGCCUUCCCAGGAGCAGGUCCCCUCAUCCCAACUGCAGCCCUGCCCCCUGGGGGUUCCGCUCUGUAUCGGAAUGCCCCUCAUGCCCAGCCCUGGCGCCGCCUUAGGGUGGGAGGUUUUGCUGUCCUGCAUGGAGUUGCAAGAGCGGUCGGGGGCCUCCAGCCCAGGGCGUGGACGAGUGGACUGGGCUUGGUCGUCGGAGCCAAGGCAGCUGCAGCAGCGUCUUCCUCCUCCUAAGAGGUGGCUGUAGUGGCCAUGCAGGGCGAGGGACUUCCUUGUGGCUGUGCUAGGUGGGAGGGGCGGGGGUAGGGGGGUGUGUCUGCUGCAAGCAGGGAGCUCCAGCCGGUGGGAACACGAACCGCAGGGAGUACUGGGUCAGCCUGGGGCGGGGGGUGGGGGGGGCGGCAAGCAGUAGUGAGGGAAGGCUUCCUGGAGGAGGUGACAUCCUCACAGGCCUGAGCCCAGGAAGGCUGUGAGAGGGCGAACGGUCUUGCAUGGGGGGUUUUAGGUGCCCCCCACCCCCGUGACUCCAUUUACCAGCGACUGCCGUGGAGGUCGUCCAAUGUGCUGGAGCUGCGCCAGAGCGGGGGUGGGGGCCGGCGCUGAGACGCGGUGCUAGCUGGAGGCGGUUCCUGUCCGGGGUGUGCGUCCGCGUGCAGGGUGCGCGCGUGUCUUGGCCGCGCGUGGCGGCGUGUGCGGCAGGGGCGGGCAGGCGGGCGACUCGGUGACGCGGCCCAAGCGCGGCGCCGAGCGGAGCGGGCGGAGCGGGCCGGCUGGGGCGGAGCGGAGUCGUCCGCAGAGCAGCCCCUCCCGGCCGCGGCCGCCGACCCCGGACCCCGGCCCCCGGCCCGGCUCUAUGGACAGGAGCUCGCUGCUGCAGCUCAUCCAGGAGCAGGUGCGUCGGGGGGUGGUCUGGGGAGCUGGCACCGCCCCCAAUGCGGCCCUCCUGCCGCUGAGCUGAGCUUGUGCGGGACCGAGCUCCCCGAAAGCCCCGCUCGGUACCUACCUCAUCCCUGCACGACCUUGGCCCCUGUGUCUGGGACCCCAGGAGUGGGCUGACUGGACCAGGGCUCCUGGCUGCAGAAGGGAGAGUCGGGGAGAGGGAGGGAGGGCGGGCAGCUGGCUGGUCUUGGACCUUGGCCCUCGCCUUCCAGGAUGGGUAGGGUGGAAGACGGGGGAACAACUGAGGAGCUGGAGGAUUGGGACCCAGGCACCAGUGCCCUGCCAGCUCCUGGGAUCAAGCAGGGUCCCGGGGAACAGGCAGGCACGGGGCCCCUGUCCCAAAAGUGCUGGAAGCCUGAGCCUGAUGCUCCCAGCCAGCCUGGCCCAGCCCUUUGGUCCAGGGGUCGGGCCCGCACUCAGGCCUUGGCCGGCGGCUCCUCACUGCAGCAGCUGGACCCCGAGAACACAGGCUUCAUCGGUGCGGACACCUUCGCUGGCCUGGUGCACAGCCAUGAGCUGCCCCUGGACCCGGCCAAGCUGGACAUGCUGGUGGCCCUGGCUCAGAGCAACGAGCAGGGCCAGGUCUGCUACCAGGAGCUGGUGGACCUGGUCAGUGCCACGGUGGGCAGGCGGCAGGGGCACGAUGUCCUGGCCAGAGGAGGCGGGCAGGCAGCUCCUCACUGCAGGGGGGCUUGUGGAUGCGGGGAGCUGGGUGAGCCUCACAGGCAGGGGUGCCAUGGGGAGGUCCAUGGCCCACACUCAGGCCCCUGCCCCCAGAUCAGCAGCAAGCGCUCCAGCAGUUUCAAGCGGGCCAUUGCUAAUGGACAGCGGGCACUGCCCCGGGACGGGCUGCUGGACGAGCCAGGCCUAGGUGUCUACAAGCGGUUUGUGCGUUAUGUGGCCUACGAGAUCCUGCCUUGCGAGGUGGACCGCCGCUGGUAUUUCUACCGUCACCGCAGCUGCCCACCCCCCGUGUUCAUGGCCUCGGUCACCCUUGCCCAGAUCAUCGUGUUCCUAUGCUACGGGGCCCGCCUCAACAAGUGGGUGCUGCAGACCUACCACCCCGAGUACAUGAAGAGCCCCCUCGUGUACCACCCCGGGCACCGCGCCCGCGCCUGGCGCUUCCUCACCUACAUGUUCAUGCACGUUGGGCUGGAGCAGCUGGGGUUCAAUGCCCUCCUGCAGCUGAUGAUCGGGGUGCCCUUGGAGAUGGUGCACGGCCUGCUCCGCAUCAGCCUGCUCUACCUGGCAGGCGUGCUGGCAGGCUCCCUAACUGUCUCCAUCACCGACAUGCGGGCCCCGGUGGUGGGAGGCUCCGGCGGGGUCUACGCCCUGUGCUCGGCACACCUGGCCAACGUCGUCAUGAACUGGGCUGGGAUGAGAUGUCCCUACAAGUUGCUGAGGAUGGUGCUGGCCUUGGUGUGCAUGAGCUCCGAGGUGGGCCGGGCCGUGUGGCUGCGCUUCUCCCCGCCGCUGCCCGCCUCGGGCCCACAGCCCAGCUUCAUGGCGCACCUGGCAGGCGCGGUGGUGGGGGUGAGCAUGGGCCUGACCAUCCUGCGUAGCUACGAGGAGCGCCUGCGGGACCAGUGCGGCUGGUGGGUGGUGCUGCUGGCCUACGGCACCUUCCUGCUCUUCGCCGUCUUCUGGAACGUCUUCGCCUACGACCUGCUGGGCGCCCACAUCCCCCCACCGCCCUGACCGGCUACCUGAGGCUGCACAGCCCAGGGCUCGGGCAUGUGGUGGCCGCCCACCAGGGGCCUUCACGUCUGCCCUUUGUGAACGGACGUCUCAGGGCUUCUGUGCCCCUUGGGUGUGGGUGGCCUCAGAGGAGACCCUGUCCCAGCCACCCCCCUACCCCCAGGACUUGCGGUCUGAGCCUUUUUGGAUAAUUAAUAAAUAUUUUACACAGCACCA